UCCCUUCAACUAUUUAAUGAAGGCUGGGAAGAGGAAACAGGAGUAGAGAUACCUGCCAGCAAAUCAACUGUACUUCGUGGCCAUGAAUCUGAAGUUUUCAUCUGCGCCUGAACCCAACAACUGAUUUAUUGGCUUCUGGCUCUGGUGAUAGUACUGCCAGAAUUUUGAACAUGAAUGACAACUCGUCUUCACCAACUCAACUUGUUAUUAGGCAUUUCAUUCAGAAGGGUGGAACUGAAGUUCCGAGCAACAAAAAUGUCACCUCACUUGACUGGUAUUGUGAUGGAACUCUGCUUGCAACUGGCUCUUACGAUGAUUACGCUCGCAUUUGGACAACUGAUGGAAGAUUAGCUAGCACUUUGGGACAGCAUAAAGGACCUACUGUCGCACUAAAAUGGAACAAAAAUGGCAACUAUAUCCUCAGUGCUGGAUUCGACAAAACGACCAUUUGGGACGCUUCAACGAGUCAGUGCACGCAGCAGUUUGCUUUCCAUUCCGCCCCAGCACUCGACGUAGAUUGGCAGUCGAAUGUCAGUUUUGCCUCAUGCUCCACUGACCAGUGUAUUCAUGUUUGGAAGUAAAAUCUAGGUAGCCUACAAUCAAUGAAACUGCGGUGUGCUGAUUGCGGCUGAUUUUUUCAAGCAUAUGUUAUCAAGCGAUCAAUUCAGAUCAGGUGUAAUAUCAAUUUUACAUUUUCCUGGACGCAAAAUUUGUUGUUUUGCUUUAAAACUGGAUCGACAAUCAACAGUAUACAGCCUUGACGGGGGAUCAAUCAGCACAUGGAAAAAUGAGGGUUCAAAUUAUUU